AUGGUUUACAAGUCCAUGCGGUGCGCGAACAAGGCCGCAGAGAGCGCGUCUGCACGUCUCUGUGCGGACGCCGAAGCAGAAGCUAAAGCAGCUGAUGUCUCAUCGGUUGCUAAAGCGUCUCAGUCUGUAUCACCUGAGUAUGAGCUCGGUGUCUCAUACUCUCCUGAUACGGAAGACGGAUCCGUAUCGAAGGCGGUUGAAGCCAAGCCGCCUGUCAAGCGUGGCAUGGAUGAUGCUACGCGUCGUAGCAUCUUUGGUUCGUCUGACAAAUCAGACAAACCAUCGCCAAAGCGAAGGCGCUCGAGAUCGCAAGACUCGGGCGCUCACAGUGGUGUUGGUUCUCCUAUUGACACCACUUCGCAACGAGGUGCCAGUACUUCUGUCGGCAAGCCGCAGGAAGAGCGGGGCCGCAGCGUGUUGCGUCUCGCUCCCGAUAAGAAAGCAUGGCUCCCUCCAAAGUCAGUCAUGGAUCGCUUGUCGGCGACGACAAGUGAUCGUUAUCGGACACGGUUGUUCGAUUCGUCAAGGAUCCAUCACCUUGACCCCAGUGCGAUAAACUAUCGCGCUGAGAAUGAUUUCUUCAUCGAUGCUUUCUUUAAACAUCGAUGUUACAGUGGGAAUCACAAACGUGAUGGUACCUCACUGCUUCAAGCGUGGAACGCCUACAUGCAUAACCUUGAGGAUGUAGGUCGUGACGUUUGGAACGACAAACUCAUCAAAUCCCGUGAUAAGUUUGAAAAGCGAACCCCGACAGGUGCACUCUACAAGCUGCAUCGUCUGUCUAGGGAGAAAGGGUUACCCUGUCUCCCCUGGGGAGACUCGUGCCCUUGUUGUGUGAACAACUCUGCGCGCGCACCUAAGGAGGCUUACCUCCCUCAUGGCCCGUGGUGGCGCGAUGUGCCGCGUCGUACUGCUCAACCAGACCCAGUACGUCAACCAUCAGUAGGGAGCGGGGCUCCCAAGUAUCCCAUUACGGGGAAUAGCCGCGCCACCGGACGAGGUAACUCGUCCGACGUCCGUUCACGUCGCGGUGGUUCAACAGCUGCUCAGCCAGAUAGCGCUGACCACCGCGAGAGUCCUCUAAUGGAGGUGGAGGAGGAGGGAAGAGGCUCUCCACACAAUCGUGGGGAAGCGUGUGUUCCCGAGAGCUUCUUUGAUCGCGUAACGCAAGGGUUACGCGGCGAUCUCGAACAUGAGUGGGACAGGCGUCUCCAACUGACGGACACUGUCUUGAAGCAUCGAGCUGAGUUUGCCUUUGCUCAGCUUGAGAACGAGAGAGCUCUGACGUCUCUGCGUGACGAGCUAAGGGUAGCUCGUGGGGAUGUUGAGCGGUCUCGGGCUAAGAUAACUGCUCUUCAGACCCUUGUCGAUGGUCACCAUCGGGAGCACAAGGCUAUCUGUGAGAUACUUGAGCGCAAGGACGUUCUUCAUCGGAAGAAGAAGCGUACUGAUGGUACGGCUUAA